GGUUCAGCAGCCGAGUGACAGCAGACACGGUUUGCUCCAGCGACAGAGUGAAGUUAGAAACUGUGGUGGUCUGAACACCAGUCUGAAGGUUUUCUGACACUUACAGAGAAAAUAUAUAUCAGCGACGUCACGCUGUGUCUGACUGAGGGUGUCCGGUUUCCUCAGCGUGAGGGAUUGCGAUGCCCUCUGACUUUAUCUCCCUUUUCAGUGGGGAACUCGACCCGACUUCUCCCAGAUCCUUGUACUCAAAAGAAUCAGUGUAUGACCUUCUUCCCAGAGAGCUGCAGUUGCCUUCCUCUACUCAGCAGAACCCAAAAGUCAUGAGUCAAAAGAGCGGCGGAGAGGCGGGGCCUCCCCCUUCAGCUUCCCUAGCAUCAGAUGCCAUGUCCUCUUCUAUGACCAUGGAAGGCCCCCGCAGUGCUUUUUCCACCUCUUCCAGCUCCACCAUGCAUUCCGGUUGUUCAACCAGUGACCAGAACCCAGUUCACAGCAACAAUGUUGACCUAGAGGACACCAGGAGUAGCAGAGUGGUACCGGAGGUUGUCGGAACAGAAAGUGGAAAUGGUAAUGGCAGCAGUGGUGGCACCUGCAGGGUAAGCGGUGAGCUAGGAGGAGGAAGAAGUGUAACAUCCCAGGAGGCCCAGCCACAUCACCAGAUGACCCCAUCUAAGCGCCGGACUAUACUGAACAUUUCUCCACCUCCACAAGACUUGUUCGAUGAUAGCCGUAUGUCCUGCCAAGAUGAAGCCUCCCUGGACUCAGAGCAGAGUAACAGCAUAUGGAUGGAUGACUCUCUCUCCAACUUUAGUAUCAUGAGCACUGUUUCUUACAACGACAACACAGAGGUACCUCGAAAGUCCCGCAAACGUACCCCUCGUCAGAGGCCUGGUCCUAAGUCUGUGCCUGCGGGGGAAGCCAGUAUGGACGUUUUUGAUGCAGACAGUGCCAAAGGCCCACACUUUGUCCUCUCACAGCUAGGCCCUGACAGCAAGAUGGGACCAAAAGGAAGCUCUGAUGAUCCUCAGACAGCUAAUCAGAAAGGAGGAACUCUUUCCAUGCAAUAUCCACAGAAGAGUGAGGGGAAGGAUCUGAAGAUCCUUGUCCAGCCUGAGACUCAGCACCGAGCCCGCUAUCUGACUGAAGGCAGCAGGGGGUCAGUGAAGGACCGCACUCAGCAAGGCUUCCCUACUGUAAAGCUGGAGGGGGUGAACGAGCCAGUGGUUUUGCAAAUAUUUGUGGGAAACGAUACUGGCCGUGUGAAGCCUCAUGGAUUUUACCAAGCUUGCAGGGUGACUGGCCGCAACACCACAGCCUGCAAGGAAGUGGACAUUGACGGGACAACUGUCAUUGAGGUGUCCCUUGACCCAAGCACCAACAUGACACUGGCGGUGGACUGCGUUGGGAUCUUGAAGCUCCGUAAUACUGAUGUCGAGGCUCGUAUUGGUGUUGCUGGUUCCAAGAAAAAGAGCACACGUGCUCGGCUGGUGUUUCGGGUCAACAUCCCCCGUUCAGAUGGAUCAGUGCUCACACUACAGACUCCCUCAUCUCCAAUCCUGUGUACCCAACCUGCAGGAGUGCCUGAAAUCCUGAAGAAAUCACUACACAGUUGUUCAGCGAGGGGUGGAGAAGAAGUCUUCAUCAUUGGCAAAAACUUUCUUAAAGACACCAAAGUCAUAUUUCAUGAGAAUGUUUCUGAUGAGAAAUCGUGGAAGGCAGAGGCUGAAAUUGACAUGGAGCUGUUUCACCAGAAUCACCUGAUAGUGAAGGUUCCUCCAUACCAGAAUCAAGCCAUCACCUCUGCAGUGUGUGUGGGAAUCUAUGUGGUGACGAAUGCUGGGAGAUCCCAUGAUGUUCAGCCUUUUACCUACACUCCAGAUCCAGCAAAACACGAUGUUCCUGUGAAGAAAGAGAUGCCUUCUCCCGUGAAGACUUGUACUUUUGAUGAACAAAUUAAAGUUCUAGAUGGUGCCUUGAUGCCCUCUAUGUUGCCUUUAGUGAAGAGAGAAGAUGUCACUCCUAUGGAGGUGACCAGCAACCUCCAAUCUUCUAGAGUAUUUAAGACUGGUGACCUGUGUCCAGCCCAGCAGAACCCAGACAUGACUGCAGGGCACCUAAAUAAAAACAGACCAUUCUCCAGCAACCUGACUCAGCCUGCAGGCGACCCUGACAAAGGCCAGGCCCCUGUUUUCACCAACACUGAGCCCUUAGGCACCAUCCAGAAGCAGGACAUUGCUGCCACCAGCUCAUUCUCUGUACCUGCAGACUCCCUGCUUCAGCAAGGCUCACAGCAGUUCCUCCUGGAGCCCAGAGAAGGCCUCGGGCAGGAGAGGCCAGGUGGCGGCACUGGAGGUGUGGGGAGGCUGUGCGGAGAACCUACGCCCCAGCAGCAGCAGCUGCCACUGUUCCCUCCAGAUGAAGUGGCCCAGCUGGAGGAGGCAGUGAGACAACUUAAAGCCAAAGGGUUCUGUAGCUUACCACUUCAGUCCGACAACUCCAUGACCAAACAGCAGCAGCAACACAUCCAGCACCAACAACAGAUCCAAAAACAGCAAAUUCAGCAACAACAACAGCAACAUAUACAGCAACAACAACAGCAACAUAUACAGCAACAACAGCUUCAACAGCAGCAACAGCAGCAGCAGGUUUUGGAGAAUUUACAGCAGCAGCUGUUUCAGUCACAGAUUCAGAUGCAGUGUGGCAUGUUUCAGGAUGCCUCCCAGGGCAAGAACGCUGAACAGCAAGGCUCGUCACAAGGAGUGGUGCCAAACCAGGGAUCUCUUUUCCAGCAGGCUCAGCAGCAGCAGCAACAGCAGCAGCAACAACAGCAGCAGCAGCAACAAGCAGCUCUCUUUCAACAGGCAAAUGACCUACUUUCUAUUCAGACAAACUUCCUCCAGCAGACACCCUCUCACCCUUCACCACCCAUGUUCCACAACCCCAGCUCUUUGGCUGAAACACAAGAUCCACAGGGGGCUCUGUUUCAGAAAACGUCUCAGGAGCAGGUCCAGGCGGCUCUCUUCCAAAACACCAUGACAGUGCUACAGUCUCCAGAGCAGCAACCCUCAACCCCUGGACUUUUCCUCCCUCAGACCUCCCUGCCCACUCAGCUUACAACCAGCAGUUCUCAGCAACAGCAACAACAGCAGCAGCAACAGCAGCUGGCCUUCCUCAGUGCACUACAGUCCCCUGCCCCUGAACCACAAUCAGUAUUUCAGGCUCAGACCCAGCUGUCCCCAAUCCAGCAGAGAAGCCCCAUGGAGCAGCAGCAGCCUUCCCAGCCUCAGCCCCACACACAGCCAACCCAGCAGGCUUCCUUGUUUCAGAACAUCUCCCCACAUCCAUCUGCAAACACACUGUCUCCAGGCCAGCAGCAGCAACAGCAGGCUGGCCUGCUGUUUUGCAACAACACCCUGGCUACACAAGACCAGGCCUCCAGUCUCCUGUUUAGCAGCCAGGGCCAGAUCCCUCCUUUGACCAGCAGCAGUCUAGUUUCUCAAGAGCCUCAAAACCCCUCUCUGCUUUUUUCCCAAGCCAGCAUGGUGGCAGUAAACCAGCAGGAUCGCUCGGAGCCCAUGGCCUUAGGGAACCCCACCGAUCCACGACAGCAAGUUAUGUUUCAGGAGCAGCAGCCUAUGCAGCUGGGCAGUAGCUCAAACAACCAGCAGGAGCCACCCGUGGGCCUCUUCAUGCCUCAGUCCAACAUGGCCUCUCUGCAGGGGGGGCUGGCUCAAGAACUUGCACAGUCAGCCAUGUUUGCCUCACAGAACGGCGUAGCAAACCUCCAGACGACCACCUCCUCCCCUGUUCAACAGCCAGGAACUCUCUUUCAGACUGCUGUGAGUGGGAGCAUCAAUCAGCCCAGCCAGCCUCAACAACCUGGCCUGUUCCUUUUUGGGAUACAGAACGGAUGUGGCCAGUUGAUGAACACUCCAGGAAACACACUGUCGGAUCAGAUAAUAGCCAUCAGCCAGUCUGGCCAGAACCAAAGAGAGAGUGACGCACACAUCCAGUCACUGCUCAGCCAAUCCCUGUCUCAGUCUGUGACCGUGCAGAACAGCAUGUCUGCCUCGCAGAACAUGGAGAAGAUUGAUGAUCUGCUGGUCAGCCUGCAGGAGUCUGGUAGUAGCUUAACUCGUUCAUACUAGCCUUCAUAAAGGUUCACGUAUUUGUCUUUUAUUUUUUAUCUGAAAUAAUUGUGAAAUAUAGGCAAAAAGAAGUCCAAAUUUUCUCCGUUAUAUGCAGGGAAGCAUUUAUGAAUUAGUUUAAGGCAACCUGAGCAUUAUGUGUUUAUAUCUGCUCACCUGAUGUUUUUCUGCCCUACUAAUACUUAAGUUGGUCUCCUUCAGAACCGAAGAAUUAUUAGGGAAAGAACUGUGAAGGUGAGCUAAAGAUUGUUAAGUGCUGCUGGCCUUGCUGAGCCAGUCUCUUCCCAAAAAAGAUGGCAGAAUAAGUGGCAUAAAUGUUAAUGAUCAUAAACUAAAAAAUCCAGAUAGUGAGCUUGGAAUUUGGCUUGGAGUUUCUUGGCUGAGCAGGCUGACUAAGAAAAAGCAAAUGUCUCUUAUUCAUUUAAUGACUCAGUGACUCCCCAUUGUUAAAACAUACAUGUGAAACAUGAGGUGGAUUCCAGAUGAGAACAAUGUGAGAAAAAUUGUCGUUACUGUCUGAUGAGAGAGGUGGAAUUCUACCCUUUUCUUCAGCUUUCCGAGAGACAAUAACUUAUCAGACCUGGAAUUCAUUUAACUUGUGAAGUUUUGUUUAUAUCUGUAAGUAGAUUGUCAGUGAUGUUGUCUGCAUCAUCUUUCGAUUCUUCUAGUGUUUUCUAAAGUGUUCUCCAAAGUGUUUAGUGGUUUCCAUGAAUAGUGUUCCCUUUAAUGCUUCUUUUGUGUUUUUUGGGGGGGUGGUUUGCAUUGAGGGUGGAGUGUGUGGUAGGGCAGGAAAGUUUGGACAGACUGUGGUAUGUCUGGUUGAAUACGUCAAAGAUGUUGAAGGUGACCGCUGUUGAAAUUGAAAUUAUUUUCCCAACAGUGCAGAACGUGUAGUGAAAAAAGGUUAGAGGGGUAGAGGGGAGGAAAGGAACUGAAAAGUAGAAGACAGCAGACUACAGAAAUAAAUAGAAACAUUUUCUACACUAAUCUGAUGUGUAGUUACAAACAGGUGCCUAUCAUAUGUGGGUGCUAAUUAUUUCAAAGUUGUAGCAGCUAGCUUAUGUCUGAUAAUAUGUAUAAAUUCACUCUAGCUGUCACUCAUAGCCCACAAAGUGGCUUAGGUUUUCGUUAAUGAUAUGACAUAGAAAGAAACUGCACUCAGUAGGUGUAUAAGUAAAGUUGCAUAGUAUUUUUUCUAUCUAUGACCUGUUUAGGCUUGUUUGGUACAUUAAUACCUAUAAAAGAAUGUUUGUAGUACAGUGAGCAGCUGUCAGUGUCAGUGUCAGCUGUCAGUGUCAGUGCAGUGAAGAUGUCACCUACAGCUGCGAAACAUAUCUGUCAGUAUCAGAUACUUUGCAAUUUCCGCCACUGUGACCAGAUAGCGCUUUGUAAUGUAGGUGAGCAAAUGUGUUCAGGCUAACAUUUAGUCUGUAUUCAUCCAAACCAAACUGUGUCACUCUGCUACUUUUUACAACAAAUUCUCCUUUUAAUACAUUACAAAGAGAUGAAUUGUUUAAGAAAGCGUGGUGGUAGAAAUAUAACAAAUAUUGGCUGAGACUUUUUCUUUUUCUUUUUUUUUUUUUUACUUGUGUAUUCAGCACUUUAUGAUGCUGUUCUUUGUGACCACUUAACUCAUUGAGGGUACAGUACAGUCCCACGAGAGGUGGCUUUAUUAUUUCAGCCGCUUCUUCCUCAUUGUUUACAGUGAAGAAUAUACAUUUUUUUUUAACAUGCACCUGGAUCAGAAAUUAUUGUCAUUGCUAUCCUGUGUUUGCAUGGAAGCGUUUCUGUAGUCAAGCAGACUCGCAAAAAUAUCUCCACUACAAUUAAAAGUGAUACUUUUAAGCCAGUAUCACUGAAUUAAAUAUAACAGAGCAUCACAUUGGCAACUAUGUUACAUCUAAGUUUUAAUUUUAACUUUUAACUCCCCAAACCUAAUGCAUUAUUUAUACCUGUAAACCAGCUUAGAAAUCUGGACAAAUGAGGAAAAAUGUGGAUCAAAACAUUUUUAUUCAAAUUUUGGAAUUUCAGGUGACAUAUAACUUUUAUUUAAAUACACACUUCUACAGUAGAGAGAGUAGAAUGUAAUAAGGUAUAUUAAUAUAAUUUUUGUCAUAUGGGUUGGAUCAUUAUGUGUUUUAGUGUCAUUUUGAUGGCAUUAUUCUGCGUCAGGCACGCAUGAACUGGAAUAGUAUUCAUAAACCAGCUAGAAAAGAGCCUUUUCACCAGUUUUAUUACUGUGAUGGAUUUAGUGAAUGUUGAGGAGCUGCAAUAGUUUGCUGUCUACAUCUGUAAAUCAUACAUCUCAUCUGGGUUACGGUAUUAACAUGCAGGAAUAGAGCCCGUUUUACAUGUUUUUCCUGUACAGGUUCUACAGAUUUAAUGUUCUCCUCUGCAGUUGGCCAGUGACCUCAGGACCAAAGUUUGACUCAAAUCUUGCUUUGCAUAAAUCCUGAUGACAGGCCAGUUUUAUGGCUCGUGAGCUUUUAUUUUCUUUUUUUUCCUACUCUCGAAUUUAACUUUAAGAAAAGAAUAGAUAUAUUCUUCCAUCCUAAAUAUACAGAUUUGUUAUUGGGCAUGAUGUCCUGCUGUCACACUUUUCUUUCUUUUUGUUUCUUUUUUUGUGUGUCUGUGUUGUUUUGGCAAAAGAAAAAAAAAACAUGUUUGUGUCAUGUUUAGUUUUACUGUAAAUGUAUGCCUGAACAAGGGGCUGGUCUCUGAUUAUGACAGAAUUAGCUCAGUUUAAUGCCUUGUUGUCUUGUUUUCUCUGUACAGUUUGUUAGGAACACAUAAACACAGUUACAUUUUUUACACUUUAAAAUCAGAAACAGCUGUUGUUUUAUGAUGGAGAUUAUGUAAACUUGACUAAUGUGAUUUGUGGAACGACAGUGAGUCAAUUUGAGCAGUUUGAGUGGUUUUUAAAGGGACCCUACUCCUGAAGGAAACCUGACUUUGGAGAUAAGAGCUAUCUGUGAUUGGCUUUCUUCAACUUGUGAAAUAGAAGAACUAAGAUUUCCAGUGUUGAGUAUUUAUGAUUUUAUUUGUUUUUGUUUGUUUUACAAAGUUUGUAUCGGUGUAGUACCUGUGCCUCCUUUUGGAGAAGCAUAAUCUAACUUAUUUGUGUGUUGGUUAUUAUCUAAACUGUUUCCCGUAAUCAUACUUGUGUCCAGACCUUUUUUUAACUGUACUGAUGACAGCAAGGUGUUUAGGCCCUGACACUCUGAAUAAUAUAUACAUUCCUUUGCAAAGUAACUCUUGUGUGACUUAGAGGAAUUAAUAUACAAUGUACAUGUAAGUGGACCGCAGGCCCUAUAGUCCUUUUUGACCACAUAGUUAACAGCAGGGAAAAUGACACCAAACUUCAGGAGUUUUUACUGUCAAAACAAAUUUUAAAAAAUCCCUCAAAAUAGGAUCAACAAAUUUCAGUAUUUUUACUAUGAAUACAGUAAUGAAUGUGAUUAUACAGCAUGGCUGUAAAUAUCUCAUUUACAUCCAGAAUGUUCUUUUAUACACAUACUGGGGAGGUAAUUACUUUUUUGGAAUUACAGUUUCCUCAUUUGUGUAUUUGUAGUGUAACUGGACAUUGGAAAUGUAUAAGUGUAUUAUUCUGUGGAAACGAGGGGGAUUGUUGAUAAAAGUUCUCAUUUUUUUCUCAAGAUGCUACAAACUCUAACUUUCUAUGUUUCCUGCAAUAGAACAAGAUGUGGCUUUCAACAUUACCAGUUAUUUUAAUACCAACACAGGUGUUUAAAUGGUUAAUUCUUUCCUAAAAUGUCACUUUAGACUAGUGUAUGCUGUACAUGUGCCUUGAGGAUAUGUUGCUAUAUUGACCAGAUUAAUGUUUUAUCCUUGUUGUCUGUUUAACAACCAGCUGGCCCCAUCAGCGAUGAUUAGUCCUCAUUAACUAGUAUGUUUUAAGCCAUAAGAUGUUAAGUGUGCUUUAAAUGCUCGACAACAGUGACCAGGUAAAUGUGGUUGUGGUUGAUAAAUGUGUUGUGCAAUUUCUGUCAUGCAUCUAACUUGUUUGUACUGAAGUAUCCAUAGCAUUUAUGUUAUACAACGUAGAUGCAGACAAAUUUUCUCUGAAACUGCUAUGCAGCUAAUAUACUGUAAAUGUAGAUGUUAGUUUUUGAAUAUAUAUUUUUCUAUAUAGCCUCUCCCAUUUUCAACAUAAAAGAGUAACCAAAAUAGAUGUUCUUUCUAUUAUUUAUGUUGCUUGUUGAAACAUUUUCUAAUGCUUUGAGCGCCGCCUGAAACCAAUUUGAAAUCUUUCAGUUAAAAUGCUAAUUUCUCUUCUCAGCAACCAUCUCAGACAUAGAUUUUUUUUUUUCGAUGAGACAAGGGUCAUUAAUUGUUUGUCAGUCUCCUGUAUUCUGUUCUUGCUUAUAGGGUUAAUGUGGAGGUUUGUGUUAUAUCCAGGCUUACUGUUUACUGGUGCAGUGAAUCCUAAUCUUUCUGUUUUCUCUCAGGGCCUCUGAGUUACCAGGAUGUCAUGUGACCCUCACAUACCUUCUUGUCCGGAACAUCAAUGUGUACUAGAUUUCUGUUUCUUGUCAUUUAGAAACAGUAUGAAUUUAAAAUUCUUCAAAACAUCAAUAUUCAAUUAAUUUAUCCCUAAUUUGUUCUAAGCCUAAUAUCAUCGUUUUCCAAAAACCAUGUUCCUACUCCACACAUCUGUAACAUCUUUAAAGUUUCUUCACUCCUAUCUUUUUUUAUAUGGUCAAUGCUCCUAACACAGGAGACCCACUCUACUAGUAAACAGUUUUUUGUUAGUCCUGGAAAUAGCAAGGGGGAAAUUUUGCCUUUUUGUUUAUAACAAUGUGAACAAUUGUCAAAUAAUCACCCUUGGGAGAAAAAAAAUCUUUCUAUAUAUUUGGCUUUUGUUGGGACAUUUUUAUUCUCUUGCAAAUAAUUUUUUGUAAACUUGCUGCUAUCUAUAUUAAACAUAUAUAC